AUGGUCUACACAAUCGUCGUUCACCUCUACGCCAAAGAUGACAAGGAAGCCAUCUCGAAACUAAACGCCAAGCUCAUCGAAGCCAGUCGUGUUUAUUCCCAGGACAAGGAGACCAUCUCCUGGUUCGUCAUGCAGAACCACAAGGACCCCAGAGCCUUCACCAUUGUCGAGCGCUACGAGCAGGAAUCGAGCCAAAAGUACCAUCUCGAAAACCCCUACUGGAAAACCUUCGACCCCUAUGUUAUCCCUCUGCUUGAGAAGCCAAUGGAUCUAAGGAGGUUUGAGGAGCUGGAUACGAGCAAGCCUGUGGAGGUUCCCCAGUAA